CAGUGUGGGUGGGGUUGAUAGGAAAGAGAAAUAAUAAAAUAUUGGUGAAAGUGGAGUUAGUGGGGGAGAGAAAUUAUAAAAUAAUGAUGGAACAUUUUUAAAUAUAGUAAUGUUAUAACUAAUAUAAAAUGAUCGAAAAUGAAAAAGUGUUGCAACUAAUGCCGAAAGGAGGGAGUAGAAUAACUAUUCAACACUAUUUGAAAUUACUGUGUUCUUACCUUUUUUUUUUUUUUUUUUUUUUUUUUGAGUUGUUUGUUAUCCAAAUUGUUGGACUUAAAUAAGAUUUGAAAAAAAUACUACGUAAAUAAAAAUAAUCAAUAGUAGUUGGGUCUCCUUAGAAUAUAGAAGACGAAGCUCUGAAAAUGGCGAACGAAGAAGAGAGACUUCUAGAAACUCAAAUAGAGCUUCAAUUGCAAGAGCAAAAGGAUUCUCUCUCUGCUAUUCAAGACGCUUUACUCUCCGAUUCCCAAAACUCCGAGCUUCUCAGUGUCCAAGACGAACUUGUUUCUGCCAUUAAAGAUGCAGAGGAAGGACUUUUUCACCUUAAACGUGCACGGCUGUUACGUGAAGUUGAUUUUGCUACGCAGGAAUAUGAACGUUCACAUAAAGAUGCUGAGGUUGAGCAUAUUAAGCCUGCAGAACAGGAUAGUUCCAAGCUUCCAAGUGAAGAUGUAGAGGUAGAACCUUUAGAUUCUUCAGAUGUUGAAGUUAAAACUUUGGAGGAGCCAAGUUAUUUUGUUGGAUCAAAAUGUAGAUUCCGCCACACUGAUGGGCGUUGGUAUAAUGGUCAAAUUGUGGAGUUGGAUGGUUCUUCUGCCAGAGUUUCUUUCCUCAAUCCAACGUCAGAGAAGAUGAUGAUGUGCAAGUUCUUCCUUCAACGACGGUGUCGUUUUGGUGCUAACUGCCGGUUAUCACAUGGAACACUUAUGUCACUGUCAUCCCUGAAGAAGUAUGUGUCACCUUGCUGGGGGCAGCCAUUGAUAGGAGCUAGCAUUUUUGCAGUGUCUAGGAGUGGAGCUAGCAUUUGGAGAGAAGCUGAACUUGAAUCUUGGGAUGACAAACUCAAUCAAGGCCAGGUUGUAUUUCUUGAUGAUGGAAGCUCAGAGACGCUGGGGGCUGAAGCAAUGGCCUUAUCACAGUAUGCAGAAGCCAGCAAUAAUGAAGAAGAUAGGGAGAGUGAUUAUACAGAUUCUGAGAACUCAGGUUCAAGUGAUUAUGAAGACGAAGAUGAUGGUUUGCCACAAGGUUUGGGCUUUGUUAAGAGCACUGCCUUGCAGAAGGGGAUUCAGACAGACACUGCCAUCUUUGCCAAGUGGGAGAAUCACACUCGGGGUAUAGCUUCCAAAAUGAUGGCCAAUAUGGGCUUCCGUGAAGGGAUGGGUCUGGGACUAACAGGCCAGGGCAUGGUGAACCCAAUACCCGUGAAAGUCCUCCCCGCAAAACAAGCCCUUGAUCAUGCUAUGCAAUCUGUUAAGAACGAGGAAAGAGAUGGUCAUCCAGAAAAGAAUAAAAAACGAAGCCGGGGUGGGAAGAGGAAACGUGAAAAAAAGUUUGCAGAAGCAGCUCGGGCUGCUAAGCAAGAGGAACAGAGGCCUGAUGUCUUCAGUCUAAUCAACAGUCACCUUGCAACACAUGGGCAGAUGAUUAAUAAUGAAAGUUCAGUGAAGAAGAAAAAGAGCAAAGAGGUUAAGAAAGAAGAUAGACGGUCAAUGAUUGCUUAUGAGGAGGAGGUGAAGGAGUUAAGGAUUCGAGUGGAAAAGUUGGAGGAGAUGGCAAACCGUAAUAGGAAGGAGAAGGCUGUAUACGAGGCAGCAAUGAGGAAACUGACAGAGACUCAGAAAGCUUUGUCAGAAGCUGAGGCUAAGCACGCAUCGACUUCUCAUGCAGUUGUUAGCAAGGAGAAAGAAAAGAAAUGGCUGAGGUUUUAGCAUUCAUUGAUUAGUAUAGUAAUUUGCUAUUAUGUAUCAAUUAUGCAUGUUGUUGAAGUAAUUGAUUCAUAACUGAACGGACCCAAGCACAGGAAAUGAUGUUAAUUAUCAAUUUGCUAUGGUUGAUGAUCUUCAGAGUUUUUUACCAAACAAAAAAAAGAUAACAUCAGUUGUAAACUUGUAACUAUGUGGCAAGGUCCAAGGGGUGCAACAUUUAUACCAA